CGCAUCCGCCCACAAAGCCACAUCUAUCUCACCAUAUCUCCUCUUAAAAAAUCAAUUGUGCACGAAAAAAAAGGGAAUACGCGUCAAAUACGAACAGUGGUGACGGGUUGUUUUCGGUGCACGACGGACGGCGACAAGGCGUCCCCGCGUCGUGCUGCGAAAGAAAACGGCGGCGACAGGCAGGAGCAGCGGAGAGGGUGUUGUCCUGAUGCUUAAAUGGAAGUGGGUGGGCCUCUACCGUCACACACUGCCAACUUCACUGUGGAUAUAAUUUUGACAAGCGUUAAUUUUCUAGUUUAUGGACUGCUUGUCCGCUGAAAGGGACGCACGGCAGGGCUCGCGAGGAGGCCACGGGCCGGGGGACGGUCGCAGGGUUGUCCGUUAUCUCUUGUUAUUCAGAGCUGCUUGAUUGUGCCUGCGUUUGGCACCGCCCUUCCUGGCCGGUGGGUGGUUUCGUCAAAACGGGCAGAUCCGCCACGGCCCAGCGCCGAACAUAUAGGCCGUCCUCCGCCUCUGUGCCCGGCCGGCCUUCUACCGUGAACUACACCCUCUCCCUCUCGGUAUAUUAAUACGUUAUGAGUGACUCGAAGAAGGAAUCAUCUUUAACUGAAGGAGGGAAAGCGUCUAAGAAGGGGAAAAGUUCUGGACAGCAGGAUUCCUCACAGCCCUCUCCAUUGGCUCUACUAGCGGCCACCUGCAGUAAGAUCGGAGGGCAGGGAGGAGCUGAGGGGGCCCAGGCCCAGACGGGGGCCCAACAGAUCCAGCUGCAGGCGGGUCAGAUCCAGCUGCAGGCGGGUCAGCUCCAGGGUCAGAUAGUGGUGGACACAGGUGGAGGCCAGGCCCUGGUGCCCCAGCAGCUGGAACUUGUCCCUGCUCAGUUUACGGGGAACGGCUGGCAGAUCAUCACUACAGCACCCACCAUGGCCAAGGAGAACACCAAUCAGCCUGUAGCUGUAACUGUGGCCACCACCUUGGCCAAUGAUAGUUCACCUGUAGGACGCAAGGUGAAGCCAAUGGGUGGGACUAACAGUGUUGCAGCCAAUCAGCAACAGCAGCAGUUCCAGAUUAUCCAGGUUCAAAACCUGCCCAAUGCUGGGGGCGGGGUCCAGUAUCAGGUCAUCCCUCACUUGCAGACUGCAGAUGGACAACAGAUCCAUAUCAGCACAGCUCCAACAUCCAUCGGGGCUCUAUCAGAGCAGGUCCAGCUCAUCCAGACCCAGAGUCCAAGCCAGCCACAGGCCAUCCUCCAGCAAGCCAACCAGCAAGCCAUCCUGACAAGUACAGCUAAUCAGACAGUCCCGCUGCAGAUCCGCCCUGCACAGUCUUUCCCGCUGCAGCUUCAGACUCUGCAGGGCUCCCAGACUCCUGUAAUGACCACUUUACCCAUAAACCUUGGUGGCAUGACGCUUGCCCUACCUGUGAUAAAUAAUGUUGGAGGAGGCGGGGCUGUGCAGCUCAUCCAAUCAGCAGAUGGCACAUUCUCUGUUGCCAAUGGCAACCAGCUAAUGACAACAGCAGUGCACAGCACAGCUCCUGCUUCAUCAGCUGGUUCAACAGUGGCUGUAGCCGAAGGUGACGGGGUGUCUGAUGGGACACAAGUUGUUUCUGCUUCGUCAGAGGUAGGAUCAGCUGACAACCAGGUGCAGAGCAGUGAGGCGGACUCACAGAGCCAGAAUCAGCCCAACGGGCUGCAGAACCAGGCAGACUCUGCAGGAACCAUCCAGCAGGUGAUCGUUGGCCAGGUGGGGCACCAGCUUGUGCAGCAGAUCCAGCUGCAGCCUCAGGGUCAGGGUCAGGGCCAGCAGCAACCUCAGCAUAUUCAGACCCUCCAACUUGCCCCGGGACAAACCCUGCAGCCCAUCCAAGCCUUCCAGAACCCAGCCCAGGUCCUUAUUCGUACCCCCACCCUGUCCCCCUCUGGGCAGAUCACUUGGCAAACACUGCAGCUACCAGGAGGAGUCUCUUUGCAGGGGGGCCUCGGGACAGCUAUGCCACAGCAGCUUACACUUGCCCCUAUGGCUGGUGGGACAACAGUGGGGAGUGGAGGGCUGGUCUCCCUGAGCGGAGCCCCACUGACGCUCAGUGCAGCCCAAAUCAACCCAGGGUCCGGGGUGCAGACGGUCAGCAUUGCAGGCCUGGGCACUGCUGGGGUUCAGGUGCAAGGUGUCCCCCUCACCAUUACUGGUCUACAGGGUCAACCACAGGGUCAGGAUGGGGUUAAAGUUCAGUCUUCUCCUGUGACGGUCACUGUCGGCAACGUGGCAUCGGGUUCAUCGAUGAGUCCAGACCAGCUGGGCUCCGUUCAGAGUUCUUCGGAUCAAGAGGGACCGCCCAGCAAGAGGCUACGUCGUGUUGCCUGCUCUUGUCCAAACUGCAGGGAUGGAGAGGGAAGAAACAGUGGGGACCCUUCAAAGAAGAAGCAGCACAUCUGCCACAUGGAGGGAUGCGGGAAGGUUUACGGCAAGACGUCCCACCUGAGGGCUCACCUGCGAUGGCACACCGGGGAGAGGCCGUUUGUCUGCAACUGGAUCUUCUGUGGCAAGAGGUUCACACGGAGCGACGAGCUGCAGAGACACCGGAGAACACACACAGGAGAAAAGCGCUUCGAGUGUCCAGAAUGCUCAAAGCGCUUCAUGCGCAGUGACCACCUUUCUAAGCACAUCAAGACCCACCAGAAUAAGAAGGGUGGGGCUGCGGUGGCAAUCAUCACCACCGAUGACAUGGAAGAAGACGCACCAGUAGGCCUGGGGGCCAUCCCUCAGAUUGUUGCUGUGGCAACACUCUCACGUGACUCUGACCCCGCUACACCCACCACCUCCAAUCACCUGGAGGAAGAGGAGGAGGAGGAAGAGGAGGAGUUUGAAUAGGCCGCUGACUCCUUUCUCUUCGUUGAAGGCUGACUUCCUGUUUUUUGGGAGUCUUUGCAGGGACUGUGAGGAUGGCAUCUGUUUGUUUUUUUUGACAUCUUUUAAAAAAAUGUUGUUCUCUCAUGAAAGGGACUCAAAAGAGAGAAGCUCAUGCAAUGAAGAGAAACCAUAAAAUAGCAACAUUGUUUUCUAAAAAAAAAAAAAAGAACUAACACAUAUAAUAACAAACUUAGUCUAAUCUUAUGAAAGAUUAGUUUGGCAUUUAUUAAAUAAAUCUAUUUUAAAUCCAUUCCUGUUGAAGGAAAGGAAUAAAAGUGUGUCUAGAUUAGCACAAGACAGGGGGACCUGCUGAAUCAAAAACUAUCGAACAUCAAGAGACAUUUUCCUAAUUGCAACAGAAACUAACUCUAUGCACAAAGUUGAGUUCCUGAUUCAUACCUUUCAGACAGAACUGAGGGUCAAUCAUUAAACAGGAACUGUUGCAGAGCAGUGACAGAGGAGAGGCAGUCUUGGGAUUGUGUAUGUGUGACCUGUGUGAAUGUGAUUUGUAUUCCCAUGCUGUCAUGGAGAGGAUCUACCUAAUUUGAGGUUUAUUUAUGGUUCAGGUGACGUCCUCAGAUCAGAUUCAGGUGUUGAACCCUUUGGAGACCAGUCUACGGAUAAACUGUUAUUAAAAAGAGAGGGGUUAAUUCUAGAAAAAAAAUAAAAAAUAGUAGAAAAAAAGCACAUAAGAAAAGAUUUAUAAAAUAAUGCAUUCCUAUUGAGGCGCAGUGCCCAUUAGAAAAAAAAAGGUUUCUAUGAAGAAAAAACAAUCUAGCUUUCUACAACUUUGUUUGUGUAGUGAAAGCAAUACUUUAACGACAAUCUUAGUGAAACCAUGUUUACAUUGUCAGGGGACGUUUUCUCUGUUAAUAAAACAAGCCAAGACGGGGGAGAACAUAUGAGAGCAGUGCUGUCGUCUGAACAACCAGAACAUUUGCAGAUAGACCACAGGGUGGCUUUAACAUCAAAGCUUCAAUGUAUCUCGUGUGACUUUUUGUCAUUUUGUAACGAGCGUUUAACAUCAGAUGGUAACCUGGUAGGUUUAACGACAGUUACGUCUGCACCUUCACUGAUGUUUCUCUCUGCCGUCUGUGCUCCAGAGGGGACCUUCUUGACCUCCAAUGCUACCAACGUGACCGAUGUACACAAUUGCCUUAACACAAGCUGUCGUACGCCGGGAUCGUCAGGGGUUAGGGGCGGGGGAAAGUGAGUGGAGCACAGAGAGGUAAAGAGAGCAGGUGAUAGGAGGGUGGGAGUGGGUUGGGUAUUUAGAUAUGUGGAUAUUAUGAGAUGUUUUUGGUGGUGUUGCUCUGUGUUAGUUCAGUGCGUACAUUUUUUUAAAAUUUGAAAAUAAGUUUAUUUUACAAAGUUUAUUAAUUGUCCCCCCCCUCCCCCACAAUGUUAACACACAGGACCCCAGUGUGUUUUGCUAAUUUAUUAUUUAUCCUUGAUUUGUACUAUUUGCCUUUGCUGGACUUGUAUUUGUGUGCGUUGAUUCUGAGGUUGUGUACAGCAUGUUUCAGUUUUUUGCCGUAGUGCUGCUUCUUUCUUCUUUACUCUUUGUGCUUCUAUUUUUCUUUUUCUACGUCUGACCAUUGCUGUCCGGUUCUUCUUCUUCUCUUGCGCCAUAAUGUGUUUUUGAAGAAAAAUAAAUAACACAAGAAGAAAGCAAAAAAAAAAAAAAAGCUACUAUCGUUUAAAAGUUGAAAAAGGUUGAUACCAAACAAAUUUAGAUGUUUUGGUAAUAUUUUAUGUGACAACCAACUUUUUUCUUUGAUAUUUUGUAGUGACAUCUCAUUUGUAAAUCUUUUCUAAAAGAUGUUUGUUCGUCUCCAUGACAUUUGAUAAUGGGUUUUUAGCCGGGUUAGCCUCAAAGGCUCCAGUUUGUUGAUAUUUUUAAAACUGGUUUGUAAAAACGUGUUAUGUCGAUAUAAAAAGAAAAAAAAAGACGAAAUCGAGCAGAAACCAUUUGCCUGCAUAACACAGAAUAAAGUGAUCCAAAAAUGA